AUGACUGGCUACGAGGUUCGACAUUCAAAUGCUCGAAAGGGAAAGGGUUUAUAUGCAACAAAACAGUAUAAUGUAGGAGAUGUAAUAUUAGAAGAGGAUCCGUUGGUGUCAUGUCAAUUUACAUGGAAUGCUGCGUACCGGUAUCUGGCUUGUGAUCAUUGUAUGAGGCCUCUUGAGACACCAGAACAAAAUGUUAGAAGACUAGCUGUAAAACCAGACAUAGCAUUACCCCACUCAGAUGGUUUCGAAGCCCCCCUAAUGGAUAUGACAAGUUGUAAUGCCUGUGGUGUGCUGUACUGUUCUGAUAGAUGUAGGGUAAACGCUAGUGUCAGUUACCAUAGAUCAUUGUGCUAUGAUCAAUCUGAUGCUAGGCACCCCAUACAUAUCUUGCUAGAAGCUUGGAAACAACUGCAUUACCCACCCGAAACAACAAGUAUCAUGCUGUUGGUUAGAAUAUUAGCAUACAUUAAACAACAUCCUGAUCCUGCAAUGGCUGCUUCCAACAUCAAACAGUUUUGCCAUAGAACCAUUAAUGAAGACGCUGAAUUGAUGCACAAAUUGCUUGGGGAUCAGUUUAAAGAUCAGCUCAAUACUUUAAGAGAUUUGACAGCAAAUGUAAUUAGUGGAGAUUAUGUUGAGGAGUUUCUAUCACCUGAAGGCUUUUGUACCCUUAUGGCUCUGGUUGGUACUAAUGGCCAGGGAAUCGGUACAAGUCCCCUUGCACAGUGGGUACACUACGUAUCUGAGUUGGCCAUGUCUGAUGAUGAGCGGCAACAAAUGGAUCUAUUUAUUGACAGGUUAUAUAAGGAAGUUGAAAAUGAAGCUGGACAGUUUCUCAACAAUGAGGGUUCCGGCCUUUAUCAGUUGCAAAGUGCAAGUAACCAUAGCUGCACGCCUAACGCAGAGUCUACUUUUCCUUUUGGAAAUCAUCGGAUCCAAUUAAAAGCACUCAAAACAAUUGUGCCUGGAGAAGAGAUUUGUAUCAGCUAUUUAGAUGAAUGCUCCUUACAACGCUCGAGGCAUUCUAGACAAAAGGAGUUAGCCGAGAACUAUCUCUUCCUAUGUGGUUGUGAAAGGUGCGUAUCUGAGAGCAGUCAGCCGGACGUGACAAGUGAAGAGGAGAUGAGUGAAGAAGAGAUUGACUCGGAUGACUGA